CCGUUCCAGUCGAGGCGUCCUCGCUCGCUGCCUGCUCCCUCCUGGCUAGCUAGCCUAGCACCACUAUAUAAACAGUCCUCCUCUCGGCUUCCUUCCUCACUGUCACCGACUUCUGAUCAGACUAGUGCAACCGCGACUGGGAGAAGUAGUAGCAGCAAAAAGCUCUCCUUUUUCGAGAUCUUGUAGAGAGAGAGAGAGAGAGAGAGAGAGAGGAAUGGCGACCGCAGGGAAGGUGAUCAAGUGCAAAGCCGCCGUGGCAUGGGAGGCCGGCAAGCCGCUGUCGAUCGAGGAGGUGGAGGUGGCGCCGCCGCAGGCCAUGGAGGUGCGCGUCAAGAUCCUCUACACCGCGCUCUGCCACACCGACGUCUUCUUCUGGGAGGCCAAGGGGCAAACUCCGGUGUUCCCUAGGAUCUUAGGCCACGAAGCUGGAGGCAUCGUGGAGAGCGUUGGAGAGGGUGUGACCGAGCUCGCACCUGGUGACCAUGUCCUCCCGGUGUUCACCGGUGAGUGCAAGGAGUGUCCUCACUGCAAGUCAGAGGAGAGCAACAUGUGUGACCUCCUCAGGAUCAAUGUCGACCGGGGUGUGAUGAUCGGUGAUGGACAGUCCCGCUUCUCCAUCAACGGGAAACCUAUUUUCCACUUUGUCGGCACAUCCACCUUCAGCGAGUACACCGUCAUCCAUGUCGGUUGCCUCGCAAAGAUCAACCCCGAGGCACCUCUCGACAAAGUUUGUAUUCUGAGCUGUGGUAUCUCAACUGGUCUUGGCGCAACGCUGAAUGUCGCGAAACCAGUAAAGGGUUCAACGGUGGCAAUUUUCGGCCUUGGAGCUGUAGGCCUUGCUGCCAUGGAAGGUGCCAGACUCUCUGGGGCAUCAAGGAUCAUCGGUGUCGACGUGAACCCUGCAAAAUAUGAACAAGCUAAGAAAUUUGGCUGCACUGACUUUGUGAACCCCAAGGACCACGACAAGCCAGUUCAAGAGGUGCUCGUUGAGAUGACCAAUGGCGGGGUCGACCGCAGUGUCGAGUGCACUGGCAACGUCAACGUCAUGAUAUCUGCCUUCGAAUGUGUUCAUGAUGGCUGGGGUGUGGCCGUGCUGGUCGGCGUGCCGCACAAGGAGGCGGUGUUCAAGACUCACCCGAUGAACUUCCUGAACGAGAGGACUCUGAAGGGGACCUUCUUCGGUAACUACAAGCCACGCACCGACCUGCCCAACGUCGUCGAGAUGUACAUGAAGAAGGAGCUAGAGCUGGAGAAGUUCAUCACGCACAGUGUGCCGUUCUCGGAGAUCAACACGUCGUUCGACCUGAUGCUCAAGGGGGAGAGCCUGCGCUGCAUCAUAAGGAUGGAUGAGUAGAGCUUGAUCUCUUCUUCUCUUGCAACUCUGUUGCAUAAGAAAGGUCUUCUCCUGAGUAGUAAUAAAAAUGUGGUCCCGAGACACGAACAUGUUCAUCCCUGUAUUUUCUAUUUCACCGUUUGAUCUUUACUGUCACUAUGUGGUCAAGUUUCGGGCCUAAAAAAACUGUGCUCAGGCUUGAGAGCCCCUGUAAUUACCAUUUUGCAUAAUAACAAUGAAGUAUUGUCAGUGUUAA